CCAAGCGAAUACGGUACUUUUUUACUUUCGUCCGCCACUUCUGCGAUCCGUUACAGAUUCCUUUCUCCUCCUUCUCAUUCGGCCCUUUUCUCUCUGCUUGCCGGAGGAAUGGCGACGGCGAUGAGAAUCGUUUUGGGGCUCCUGACAUUUGUCACUCUCGGAAUGAUUAUCGGAGCUCUGGUGCAAUUGGCAUUUAUCCGGAAAUUGGAAGAUACAUAUGGGACAGAGCCCACUUUAAGGGGAUUACGUGGAAUUCAACAUGGUGUAAUUCCUUUGGCAAAAGGAAUUUCACAUUUGACUUAUGACAAAGAAGCUGUAAUACUACGUCUUGGAUAUGUAAAACCUGAAGUAGUAAGCUGGUCGCCAAGAAUAAUCUUGUUCCACAACUUUUUAAGUACAGAGGAAUGUGACUAUCUUAGAGGUAUUGCCAAGCCCCGCCUUAAGGUUUCCACAGUGGUGGAUGCAAAAACUGGAAAGGGAGUCACGAGUGAUGUCAGAACAAGUUCUGGUACCUUUUUGACUCCUAAGGACAGGUCAUACCCUAUAAUACAGGCAAUCGAAAAACGAAUAUCUGUCUAUUCUCAAGUACCAGUUGAAAAUGGGGAGCUCCUUCAAGUUUUAAGGUAUCAGAAGAGUGAGCUCUACAGACCACAUCAUGACUACUUUGCUGAUGAAUUUAACAUAAAGGCGGGAGGUCAAAGAAUAGCAACAAUGCUUAUGUAUUUAAGUGACAAUGUUGAAGGUGGAGAAACAUACUUUCCAAUGGCUGUUGGCAAUGAUUGUAGCUGUGGUGGGAGAGCGGUUAAAGGGUUGUGUGUAAAACCAACUAAAGGAAAUGCUGUGCUGUUCUGGAGCAUGGGGCUCAAUGGAGAAUCAGAUCCAAAUAGCCUACACGGAGGAUGUCAGGUUCUGUCAGGAGAGAAGUGGUCUGCCACAAAAUGGAUGAGAGAGAGAGCUAUUUCCUGAUGCUCUGCUGUACUGUACGUACCAUCUUUUACAUCUUAAAACAAUUAAUCUCGUUUUUGCUUGAACCCCUCUAA